ACCCCUAGCCUCCCUUCCCCGUACACACACACAUCCACACACUCACACCCCACCCCCUAGUCUGGCUGGGAAUUUGAACCGAUCCAGCCUGUUUAAACGGAAAGGACACAGAUCUUCAAUGUAAAAAAAAAAUCAGAUCAGACCCAGAGAGAGAGAGAGAGAGAGAGACAGAGAGGGAGGAGUGUGUGUGUGUGUGAGUGUGUGUGUGUGUGUGUGUGAAAGAGGGAGAGGGAGCGAGAGAGCGAGAGAGAGGGAGAGAGAGGGAGAGAGAGAGGGAGGGAGAGAGAAAAGAAGAGGGGGAAAAAAAGGAAAGAAGAUUUUCUCUAUGUAUAUAAAGAUGGCCACGUUAGCAAACGGACAACCAGACAAUACCAGCCUGAGUAGCAAUCACAGCAACCCCAGCACCAACGGGCAUAUGAACGGAUUAAACCAUAGUCCCGGAAACCCAUCCACCAUCCCAAUGAAGGACCACGAUGCCAUUAAGCUCUUUAUUGGGCAGAUCCCCCGUAACCUGGACGAGAAAGACCUCAAACCGCUCUUCGAGGAGUUCGGGAAGAUCUAUGAACUGACGGUGCUGAAGGACAGGUUCACUGGCAUGCACAAAGGCUGUGCCUUCCUAACAUACUGCGAAAGGGAGUCUGCUCUAAAGGCCCAGAGCGCACUGCAUGAACAGAAGACACUGCCGGGGAUGAACAGACCGAUCCAGGUGAAACCAGCGGACAGCGAAAGCCGAGGAGAAGACAGAAAACUCUUUGUGGGCAUGCUCAAUAAGCAGCAGUCGGAAGACGAUGUGCGCAGGCUAUUCGAGGCGUUUGGCAACAUCGAGGAGUGCACGAUCCUUCGGGGACCCGAUGGCAACAGCAAAGGGUGUGCGUUUGUGAAAUACUCUUCACAUGCAGAGGCCCAAGCUGCCAUCAAUGCCUUGCAUGGCAGCCAGACAAUGCCGGGAGCCUCUUCAAGCCUGGUGGUGAAGUUUGCGGACACGGACAAGGAGCGUACAAUGAGGCGCAUGCAGCAAAUGGCAGGACAAAUGGGCAUGUUCAACCCCAUGGCCAUCCAGUUUGGGGCUUAUGGCGCCUAUGCACAGGCACUGAUGCAGCAGCAGGCCGCGAUCAUGGCCUCGGUGGCGCAGGGCGGAUACCUGAACCCCAUGGCAGCCUUUGCCGCGGCCCAGAUGCAGCAGAUGGCAGCUCUGAACAUGAACGGCCUGGCAGCCGCCCCCAUGACACCAACCUCAGGUGGAAGCACGCCUCCUGGCAUAACUGCACCAGCUGUGCCUAGCAUCCCAUCUCCAAUUGGGGUGAAUGGUUUCACUGGCCUCCCGCCGCAGGCUAAUGGGCAGCCAGCUGCAGAAGCCGUGUUUGCUAAUGGCAUUCACCCUUAUCCAGGUGUAUGGCACCAGAUUUCCUUCCAAGAGGCCCCCACCUUUGCAUCCUCCAAGCCUUGCCUCCAGCCACACCUCUGUGCGGCACAGAGCCCCACUGCAGCAGACCCCUUGCAACAAGCCUACGCUGGAGUGCAGCAGUACGCAGGUCCUGCUUAUCCUGCUGCUUAUGGCCAGAUUAGCCAAGCGUUCCCACAGCCACCUCCCAUGAUCCCACAGCAACAGAGAGAAGGACCAGAGGGCUGUAACCUGUUUAUCUACCAUCUGCCCCAGGAGUUUGGGGAUGCUGAGCUGAUGCAGAUGUUCCUGCCUUUCGGUAAUGUCAUCUCCUCGAAAGUGUUUGUGGAUCGGGCGACAAACCAAAGUAAAUGCUUUGGUUUUGUGAGUUUUGACAAUCCUGCCAGUGCCCAAGCUGCUAUCCAGGCCAUGAAUGGAUUCCAGAUUGGCAUGAAGAGGCUGAAGGUGCAGCUGAAGAGGCCAAAGGAUGCUAAUCGUCCCUACUGAAGAGUUGUGGGAACCACUGGAUACAAAGCACUAGCACAGGGCAGCAGCUGAAUGGGCCACAUUUAGGAAAAAAAAAAAAGUAUAUAUAUAUUAAAAAAAAAAAAUCGUGAACUGUUGGAUUACACCUUUGACAUAUCAGCAAAUAUCAGUCAAGCUGAAGACUUCAGACCUAUUCUCUCUUUGAUUGUUUAGACUGUAACAUUUCUUCAAGAAAAGUAUCACAUCUGCUGACUUCGAAGGACAUGCGCUUGAAAACAAACAAACACAUAAGUAAAAUCAGAACAGGAGGAAGAUUCAACCGGGAUUUCUGAAGAGACACUGAUAUCACCACAGCGGCUUUUCUUCAAACAGGAGAUGCAAACCUGGAUUCUGGCAAAGGAGUGCCUGUUUGCCACCAAGGAUGCGGUUACCAUGCGAGAACCCGUGGUAACAGUCACUGAGCAUCUUUAUCUGUCAUUCCUUAGCUAUAUAGGGACCAAAGGACAAAACUUUUUACCGCAGACUUGUAGCUGUAUGUAAAAUAUGGAAGUUCUUUCCUUUUCUCUGAGCUGUUCCUAAAACAGUUUUUGAGAGCGAUUAUAUGAAAUAUGUAAAAUUAAAAAAAAAAAAAAAAAGUCAAAUGCUUAAAUGCUUUUAAAACGGCAAGAUAAUAGUUCUUUGAUACUUUGGGAGGUUCUUUGGUUAUACAUUAAUUAGAGUCUAUGAAGCUUUCAUAUGGUUUUCUGUAUAAUACGCAAGGAUUGCGUUGUUAAAGGCAGGUAAGAUGGAUAUCUAUGAAAAGCAAAAAAAAAGUAAAUAAAUAAAUACAUAAAUAAGUACAUAAAAAGGCAUAGAAAAGAGAAAGGAAAGAUGGUUGAUAUUAAAUGGAAAACAAAAAGGUUUGUAAAUGCUUCUAACUCUCCCCAUUUAAAAUCCUAAUAGUUGUACAGAAUUUAAAAAAAGAAAGUUUAAAAUACCUAUAUAAUAGAAAAAAUUAGACAACAUAAAAAUAAAAAAAAAAAACAAAAAAAGCAAAAAAAAAUAAUACUACAUAGAAGUUAGCGUUAAUGCUAAAAACAAAGAUGUUGUAGAACUGUAAUUUUUGUAGAGUUUAGAUUGAGCAUAAAUUCCUACUCUCUGCCAAUUGCUGUUGGAUGCUGUUAUUUAUCGAGGAAAAAAAGGAGAAAAAUGGCUAUUUUGGCAGCUUUUUUAACUGCAAGCAUUCCAGCUAUUAAAAAAUAAACAAGACAAGACUCAAUUCUGUAGACAAUGCAAAUGGGAAAAAAAAACAGCUGUCUUUUUAUCAGACGUUAGUUCUAUCUUGAACAACAAAACACAGCUAAACGCUUCAUGUCUUCAUGAUCUGCUGUCUGCAAAAUUCCCAUCAUCCUAUGCUUCAGUAGCUUCCAUAUUUGCUCUAGAAACCUUCAGGGCAAGGGAUUAGCCUAGUACCUUAAUCUUAAAAAACAAAAAAAGAAAAAAAAAAAACAAAAAAACUUUAAAAAAGCUUAAAAAAAAAAAACAUAAAAAUAAACUAAAGAAACAAUCUCUUUGAAGAAUUUCUGAAACUGUUUACAAGGAAUUUUGAAAAACAGGGGGAUGUUUAAAAAAAAAAAAGAUGCUGGCUCUGUUUUCUGUAAAUAAAUUUGCAUAUUUUGUAGGACUUUUAAUUGUAAUGAUAGAGAAAAAACAAGGAAAACUAUUUAAUGAAAGCACGAUAUUUAUCUUUGGUAAAUGACUUUAGAGCAGUUAAAAAUAAGACAUUGCUUUAAAAAAUCUGACUCAGAAAAAACAAUGAAUUAUUUAAGAACACAUAUAUUUUAAAGUAUAUCAUAUUUAUUAUAAUUUAUUUUCACAGUCUUAAAACUUGAUUUACAUCAUUCUCACACUUGUUUGUAUCGAUUGAGCAGUGUGAUAAUUGUUUUUUGAUUAUUUAUUUGGUUUUACUCUGGUUUAAUGUUCUUGUUCUUUCUCUUUGUAUUUUUUAUCUCGAUCUUGAACUUUUUCUUUUCUUUUCCUUUUUCCUCUUUUUUUUUGUUGUUGUUGUUUUUUUUAAUGUUAAUUUUGAUUAUGUAUUGGGCCGAACCGUGCAGUCCUUACUCUUCCAAAACUCUCAUGGGGAUAUAACGAGCAUUUUGCCAGAGUAAGGACUGAAGCAAACUGAGCCCACAGCUAGGAAGUACAGAUGUGUAACGCAGCUGCAGUUCCAUACAACUGCUCUUUCACUCUCAAUUCCCUAAAACUCCUUGUAAUCUUCUGUAAUUAUUGAAUGACGCUUUCCAGCUUAGCCCUAAAUAAAGCACAGUUUAAAAAAAAAAAAAAAAAA